UUGGAGCUUAAUUCUGAUUUUGUAGGCGGUCGCGGACGUAAGAAAGGUGAAAGUACAGCACAGGUUUCAUCCAAAACCGAAGAGGCCGACGAAGAUGCUAGUGAGAGCGCCCCUGAAUCAAGCGAGGAGCAAAUAUUCGCGGGAAAGCUGUUCAUAUUAACGUCAGCAAAUCGCCCAAAUAUCGAUACAGGAUUUAAGAAGAAGUUUAUGACAGAUUUCAUUUCAUCACAUGGAGGAUUAGUUGUAGAUGAUAUGAAGGAAGUCGAUGAGCAUCCAGAAAUGGAAAGAUUUCUUAUCUCCGAUACACAUUACCGAACGCACAAGUAUCUUGCUGCCCUCGUUCGCGCCAUGCCAUGCGUAUCUCACGAAUGGAUUUAUAAGUGCUUAGAUGAGAAAAAACUUGUGGAUUAUAAGUCGUAUCUUCUCCCUUCCGGUGUGUCAAUCCUCGACGAUCGUGAAUAUCCUUUGCCUAAGCAACGUGGUGUUCUAUUACGAAAUAAACGAGUGAUGGUGCACUCGAACGUGAUACCUCCGAGCAAGAAAUCUAUGUCAUUUGAGCAGAUCUGGGUUCCAAUGGUGCCACAGCUUGGAGGUGAAGUCGUCUCGGAAAUGCCUAACGAAGAAGGAAAACUCGAUAUAUUACUCACGGAUCAUUCCGCAACUGCCAGUUUGGUUGAAAAGGCGCGCAAAAUUGGUUCGGCGGUGGUUUCAUCGGAGUGGUUGAUUCAGGUGAGUUUCUAA